CAAUUAUCAGAUGUAGGUUAUCCGGGUCCAUGCGUUUUAUUGAAUUGUUCCUCGAUUUAAUCAUAAAAUCGCUCUUUCAACAAACUAGUGAAUAGUAAAACAUUGUAAUUAGUGUAAUUAACAGCGAAAGUUCAUAAAAAAAUCUUCAAAAUGGUCGAGCAACAACGUCAAAGGAUUGAACAAGAAAUGACCAAAAUGAUAAACGAUUUGGAUUUGCAAUAUUUACGAAAAAUGCAAGCCGAUAUGCACCGAUGUGCGGCUGCUUGCUGUGAUAAUAAAGAAGUUUCCUUAGAAAGGGUUCAAAAAUGCGUGGAAAAUUGCUCGGCCAGAAUAAAUAUGGCACAAUCUUACGUACAAACUGAAUUAGAACAGCUUCAAAACAAACUGCAAAGAUGCGUAAUGGAUUGCAACGAUGAUGUUAGAGUUAAAAUGGGCCCUAAUCCUUCUCAGUCAGAGGUUGACAAAUUUACUGCCAUGUUUGAAAAUUGUGCCACUAAAUGUGUGGAUAAGCAACUCGAAUACAUACCUUCUUUAAUGAAAAGAAUGAAGUCGCAUUUGUCGAAAGAACAAAAUACAUAAAUAAGUUUUUUUGUCAAUUAUUAGAUAUCUUAGUAAAAUUAUUAUUUGUGUUAUUCUGUAUGUUGAUGUUAAUUGGUUAUUUUGAUGCCUAUAAGUACCUACGACAGUCCAGUACAUAUUGAUUUAUC